UUCACAAAUACAUUAUUACUCCACACCAGCUUUUCUUUCUCAUGGCCUAAAGCACAUCCACAAAUACAUUACUUGUGCUACUUCCUCAGGCAUUUUUUGUUACUGCAAAUAACUCGCAUUUUUGCUGUAACAUGUCUCGUUCUUGCCGUAAGAUAAUUUUGCGACGAAUUAACGUGAAGAGGAUUAUUGUGAGGCGGAUGGCGAAUCUGCGGCACUGUGUUCAUUCAUUCUGGAGCCAGAUUUUUGGUUGUUGUGCAGGGAAAUCGGUUCGGUACAGGCAGUUGCUCCCGUCUUCGAUUCCUCGGUCUUUAUCUCCGCCUCCUACGGUUUAUCCGUCUCGUGAACCGUCGGGGGCCUCGUGUUGCUGUGAUCACCAUGAGGAUUCUUCGGAUUUGGUUACUUUGAAAAUUAGUCUGUUGGGUGAUUGCCAGAUUGGAAAAACAAGCUUCCUGGCAAAAUAUACAGGCAGGGAAAAAUCUAGAGAUUUACAAGAGGGAUUGACCCAUAUGGAUAAAACAUUGUGUGUCAAAGGAGCUCGGAUAGCAUAUACGAUGUGGGAGGUUCCAGGUAAUAUAUUAUUUGAUAUAUUAUUUGUUGUUUCAUUUAUCUUAGAAUCUGAAAUUCAAAUGAUAUAUGACGCAGGAAAUGAUAAUCAAAAGCAGCUCCCAAUUGCUUGUGCAGAUUCAGUAGCCAUUUUGUUCAUGUUUGAUCUUACAAGUCGCUGUACUCUAAAUAGUGUAAUUACGUGGUAUCAAGAAGCCCGGAAAUGGAAUCAGAGCGCGAUAUUAGUAAUAGUGGGAACCAAGUUUGAUGAGUUUGUCCAGUUACCCAUGGAUCUGCAAUGGACCAUUGCUAAUCAGGCAAGGACAUAUGCCAAGGCCUUGAAUGCAACUUUAUUUUUUUCGAGUUCAACAUACAACAUAAAUGUGAACAAGAUAUUCAAAUUUAUCACAGCAAAGAUCUUCAACUUGCCCUGGUCGGUGGAGCGCAAUCUGACAAUUGGAGAACCGAUCAUUGAUUUUUAGAACAACGGUUUGAGGGUUCAAUCUUCUUGCAGAUAUGUAUGUGCAAGGAAAUUAUAAGAAAUUUCGCAAUUUAGAUUAUAUAGUGGCAACCAGUCGCUUGGAGGUAGCAGUCUCCAGUGAAACUCGAGUUGUUUGUGUACCAUAUCUACUGGGAAGGCAGAGGCAAUGUAUCAAUAGUGCCUGUGUAUAAUUUGGUUGAUUAAUAGUACAUACAUUUUCAUUUCAGUAA